AUGGCCUCAGAUGCGUUAGCGAAACUUCUUAGCAGGGCUAGGCUCGGCCAGUCGGAGGCUGAGGAUGAGAUCCUCAUCAUCGGGAUUGAUUUUGGGACAACCUUCUCUGGUGUCGCAUGGGCAACCGUAGACGACUUGGAGAGCGACGAAAUCCACUUGAUCACCACUUGGCCCGGUACCGGCCGCGAAGAGGAAAAGUCCCUACUGAACUAUUCUACGAGGACGGUAAAACUAUGUGGGGAUCUCAUCGCCGAUUACCUGCGGUGUAUCUGGGCCCACGCCAUGGCUUCCAUUGAGAAGGCCCGUGGAAAGUCCGUCGUGGAUGCCUAUCAAUUCCGUGUUGUUAUCACUGUGCCUGCCAUCUGGAAAGGCUAUGCUAGGCAAGGUAUGAAGGAUGCCGCGAGACAGGCCGGCAUCCUCGACUACCGAGCGGGAGGCAACACGGAGCUGGUCUUCGCGCCAGAGCCCGAAGCGGCUGCCCUCGCCACCCUUUGUGAAAAAGGCCGGAAACUAAACCAGGACGAAGUAUACGUGGUUUGUGAUGCUGGUGGUGGCACCGUUGAUUUGAUCAGUUACCAAGUCGCUAGCCUUGAUCCGAUACGCCUCGAUGAAACUGCCGAGGGCACAGGCGGCGUCUGCGGUGGCAUCUUUAUCGACGAAGCCUUCGAAUGUAUUUGCAAGGCUCGCCUUGGUAGGCGCUGGGACCGUCUCAGUAAGGCGGGUAUCAAGGAGGUAAUGACAGGAGAGUGGGAACACUUUAUCAAACCGCAACUUAAGGCGGACCCAGCCAACGCAACGAAGGAAUACAUCAUCAGCAUUCCCGCAGAGGCCUUUGCCAACGCGAACCUUGAUGAUACUAGCCGAGAACCAUUCAUCAAAAACGGGCGCAUUCACUUUAAGGGGCACGACCUCGAGCAAGCGUUUAUUGAAGUCCUGAACGAUAUCGGGAGGCUUAUCGACGAGCAGAUCGAGAAGUGUACUAUGAAGGGAAAGAAGUCCGUUAUCCUCGUCGGUGGUUUGGGCGCAAGUCCAUUCUUGUACCAAUUUGUCGAGCACCGAUACGCGAGAAAAGGAAUUAGCGUUUUGCAGUCCGGAGGCAUCAAGCCACGUACGGCAAUCUGCCGCGGAGCCAUCAUAAAGGGAAUCCUCAGCGGCCAGACAGGCAGCUCUAUCAAGGUCAACGGUUCCGCUUCCAUUGUCGCGGGGUCUAAAAUAUCUCGUGCUAGCUUUGGGAAUAGCUUCCGAGUGCCGUGGGUCCAUGGCGAAUUCCCUGACGAAGACAAGAUAUGGUGCCCACUAGAAGAGCACCACUUUGCUCAAAAGCGGAUGCGAUGGUAUAUUGUCCGAGGAUCUUCUAUCGACGCGCAGGAACCAGUGCGCCACCAGUACUACAUAACCUACCAAGGAGACUAUAGUGGAAACUUAUCAGUCGAUAUUCUCCAGUGCGAGGAUGAACUAGCCCCGGACCGCCUAACAGAGACAGUGAAGCAUCUUUGUACUAUUGAUUGUGAUCUAGAUACGCUUAUUUCGUCGCUGCCUAAGCUAAAGUCGAGUAGCGGGUUAGAGUAUAAGAGGCUAGACUUUGAGAUUGAGGCGAUCCCGUCUGGUGCCUCGGUCGAGUUUGGUGUUUUUGUAAACGGGAAUAGACUUGGUAGUCAAGAGGCGCAAAUUAAAUUCUAG